AUGGGCACGAGUUUCUCAGGUGAGAUACCCGCUUCCAUAGGAAGCCUUGGCUUCCUGACUCAGUUGAAUUUGAAGGAUUGCAAUUUCUCAGGGUCCAUUCCAUCUUCACUUGGUAACCUCUCUAAACUCACUUCUCUUGACCUUUCAUCAAACUCUUUCGUAGGAUCCAUUCUAUCUUCACUAGGUAACCUCUCUAAACUCAUUGAUCUUUACCUUUCAUCAAACUCUUUCGUGGGACCCAUUCCAUCUGCACUUCGAAACCUCGCUCAACUCAAUAUUUUAUCUGUUCCCGACAAUCGAUUGACAGGUCCAAUACCUUUCAGACUUGCAAACUUCCCGCAACUUGCUCUUGUUGAUCUAAGCUAUAAUCUUUUGAGUGGUGAAAUGCAUUUUGGGCUUAUGAACAACACACAGCUGACCUCCCUUCGCCUGAGGUGCAAUCAGUUAACUGGUACACUUAGUACUUUUGAGCUUAUGAACUUCACAAAAUUAGUUGCCUUGGACCUUAGAGCCAACAAGUUUUAUGGUCAAAUUUCAAACUCACUCUUCAACCUCAAGAAUCUUGAAUUUCUUGAUCUUUCAGACAACCACCUUAUUGGCAUUGUGGAUUUUGACAAGUUUGUUAAGCUCAAAGAGUUAAUUACAUUGCAUAUUUCUGGUAAUCAAUUAUCGUUAUUCAGUGAAGAAACUAGUGCCAAUGCAACUCUUCCCAAGUUUCUAGCUUUAGGCUUUUCUUCUUGCAACUUGAGUGAGUUUCCAAAUUUCCUAAAACACCCACAUGAGCUGGAGUAUUUAAACUUGUCAAACAACAAAAUUCAUGGCCAAGUCCCAAAAUGGAUGUGGAACACCAACAAUACAGUUCUACAAGUUCUUGAUCUUAGAUCAAAUUUUCUCCAAGGAUCACUUCCUAUUCCACCAGUGUCCACUUUUCUUUUUUAUAUUUCCAACAACUUAUUGACUGGAAAUAUACCGGAAUCUUUUUGCAAUCUGACUUCUCUUCAAGUCCUUGAUUUGGCUAAUAAUAACUUGAGUGGUUCACUUCCUCGAUGCUUUGACAACUUUGGUGCUUCUCUAUUAGUACUUGAUCUACAAAGAACAAAUUUCGAGGAAGCAUUCCAAAAACUUGGGUAA